CCGGGGGAGCCGGGCGCAUGCGCGGUGCGGGCCCGUGCCAGCCACACGGGGCUCGGGUUUUAAUGUGGACGGUUGGAGAGUCGAACUCUGAAGGAGAAAAGUGGGACGGAGCGGGAGUUCGCCUUCGCACGCUUAAAAUAUGGAGGAGAAAUUCGCCGAGAUCGACGCUCAGAGCCGCUGGUCUCAGUCGUAUUUGGAAAUUCGGAAUGAUUCUCAAGAUUUCCCAUACAAAGUAGCUAAAUAUCCAGAAAACCGGGCUCGAAACAGAUACAGAGAUGUCAGCCCUUUUGACCAUAGCCGUGUGAAGCUUCAGAAAGCAGACAAUGAUUAUAUCAACGCAAGCCUAAUUGUUAUGGAAGAAGCUCAGAGAAACUACAUUUUAACCCAGGGCCCACUUCCCAACUCUUGUGGUCACUUCUGGCAAAUGGUAUGGGAGCAGAAAAGCAGAGCAGUUGUGAUGUUGAAUCGCAUCAUUGAAAAAGGAUCAGUAAAAUGUGAAAAGUAUUGGCCAAGCAAGGAAGAUGAAGUAAUGUCAUUUGAUGACACUCAGUUCAGCUUAAAACUGUUGUCUGAAGAUGUGAAAUCAUACUACACUGUUCGACAACUGCAAUUACAAAGAAUCUCAACUGGGGAGACCAGAGAGAUCCUGCACUUCCAUUAUACUACUUGGCCUGAUUUUGGAGUACCAGAAUCCCCCGCUUCAUUUCUUAAUUUUCUAUUAAAAGUGAGGGAAUCUGGCUCAUUGAGCUGUGAUUGUGGACCUGCUGUCGUUCAUUGUAGUGCAGGCAUUGGGCGUUCUGGUACCUUCGCAUUAGUAGAUACCUGUCUUGUUUUGAUGGAGAAACGCAAAGAUCCUUCCACUGUGGACAUCAGAGAAGUAUUAUUAGAAAUGCGAAAAUAUCGGAUGGGACUCAUUCAAACUCCAGAUCAAUUGAGAUUUUCAUAUAUGGCCGUUAUAGAGGGAGCAAAAUAUAUCAAGGGAGACUCAUCUGCACAGAAAAGAUGGAAAGAGCUAUCUAAUGAAGACCAGGAUCCUGUAACCGAUCAAGCACCUCCACCUCCUCAACCUCCAAAACGCACCCUUCCACGACAAAAUGAGAAUAGGGAUCCUGAUGUUACAGUGGAAGAAGCAACAGAACCAGAAAAUAACAGCUCUUCUCAAGAAACCUUUGGCAAAGAACAAGAAAACACAGAGAACAAAGUAAAUAACCUUCGGAAACGACAUCGUGAGGAUAGGAUAGCAAGUACAGCGCAGAAGGUGCACAGAAUGAAACAGAAACUAAGUGAAACUGAGGUGAAACGAAAAAGACCUUGCGUGUUGCUGAGAAAAGAAACAAGACAUUUUGCAUUCAUCAGGAAAAGCACAAGAAUGCCAAGAUUCAAAGGGAGCAGCAGUUUAUCUUUCUGAAAAAAAAGAGGGAAAGGCUAAAGACUGUCUGACUGCUAAGUCCACAGAACAGAUGCCACAUUCUUCACCUAUUUUUAUCAGCCGUGGAAAGCAGGACAAAAAAACCUAUCAGGACAGUGAGGUCUGCUCUGUAGGAGAUCUCACAUGUAACUGUUUACAGCGUAAACUACUAGCUGCAGGAGACAAACAUAGACCUGACCCCACGGGACCUUCUGCAGAGGGAGUGAUUUCAUGUAUUGUGACAUGUUUUUUAAAGCUUAUAAUCUGUUGCGAAAUAAAAGCUUUGUACUUUA